UCACUCUCUCGACCAAUACCGCGCGACAGGCUGCCAUCACUGUGACUUUUGGUGUUCUUGGCUUCGGAGUUGUGCGUUUAUACGUUUUUUACGAAUUUUUUACACAGAUCUUCUCGAAAUUGUGCUCCCCUGUCGAUCCAGUGAACGACCACAAUGUCGCAGGACACAAUCAAAAAGGUUCAGGACUACAAGGACACGCUGAUAAAGAAGGCCGAGAACCUCAUCAUCUAUGGAUUCCCCGAGAAGAUCGUCGAACUGAACGAGAUGCUAGCGACCCCGAUGUUCUCCGAACGAAACUUUGACGAGGUCCACCAGGACUUGAACAUUCCAGUGCCGGAUGCGCUUCCGGUUGAAAACAACUCCGCCAGCGACGCGUCCGAGCCGGCGGCCAAACGACCCCGCGUCGAUUGCUUCAUUCCCGGCACAAAAGUCAUGGCCCUGCCCAACGGGACUGUGCCCUGCAACACACCACUCUGUGACAUGAUCAAGGUCGUCAAACCCAUCAUCAGGACCCUAGUUGAAGACUCAAAUCUCCUCAAAAUGUGGAUCUCCUUCAUGAUACCAAAAAUCGAGGACGGCAACAACUUCGGCGUGUCCGUGCAGGAGGACACGCUCGCCGAAAUCCAGGCAGUGGAAUCCGAGGCCGCAGCAUUCUUCGAUCAGAUUUCGAGGUAUUUUCUGUCGCGCGCCAAAGUCGUGUCAAAGGUGGCCAAGUACCCGCACAUCGAUGACUAUCGGCGAGCCGUCGUCGAGCUGGACGAGAAGGAAUAUCUGAGCUUGUGGCUGGUCGUGUGCGAGGUGCGGAAUCGUUACUCUUCCCUACAUGACAUCGUCAUAAAAAAUCUCGAAAAGCUGAAGAAACCGCGUUCCUCCAAUGCCGAAAGUUUGUAUUAAAAAAAAAAUUAUAUUAAAUCCAAGAAAAAACCUUUCAUAAAAACACGCAAAAUACAAUUUGUGAAAAAUUCAAAA